CGGAGGAUGGAUCGGCGCAAUGAUUGGCUGUGGCGUCCCUUAAAGCGCGGCGCGGGGCGGGGCGCAGGGGGGGUCAGUGCGGGACGUGGCGGUGGAGUGGAGGUGGGAGGGAGCGGCGCCAUGGCUCGCGGGAACCAGCGCGAACUGGCGCGGCAGAAGAACCUGAAGAAGCAGAGCGACUCGGGCAAGGGCAAGCGGCGGGACGACGGGCUCUCGGCUGCCGCCCGCAAGCAGAGGGACUCGGAGAUCAUGCAGCAGAAGCAGAAGAAGGCCGACGAGAAGAAGGAGGGCAACAAGUAGCGGGCGGCCGCGCCGGGCUGCCGCCCCAGGGCCGGUCCCGCCGGCAGGAUGCCCCGCGCCGCCCCGGGGCCGGUCCCGCCGGGACCCCCGGCAUCGCCCGCGCCCUGCGGCGCCGUACCCUAUUAAAGUAGCUGUGGAGCCCUG